CGACAGACUCGUCAAGGCCGCUGCAUGUCCCAUCGCGGACGAGCACCGAAGAAGACGGCACACUCGCCCCCUCUCCUCACUUGCCAGCCAUGCAGGGCAGUCCAGCCAGUGGCCCCCCGACUUGGGGGCCAACAGGGGCCCAGCCAGCGAGUCGACGACCCUACCUCGCGGCCUCGUCGAGCGCAGGCCCCGGCCCCGGCGCCAACACUUGAUGCACUGCCGAACAUCACCAGCCGCCGGCGGAGUCGAGUACCCGUAUAUACCCUAUUGCGGCCUCGUGUCGUCCCGUCACUUCCUUCUCGGAACAUGUUUCGCCAACUUGCCUCCUGGACGUCUCACCACGCAGCGAUUGUCCCUUUAAAGGGCACCCGCUCCUCUCCAACAUGCACGAGAGGCACUCCGUCAAAACACCGCUGCUGUCUCUUGUCUUCACCUCAGCGCUGAGCAUCGCACUCUUCUCCGCGGCCGUCUUCUCCAACCCCACCUCGAUCGCGGGUGCCCUCGACGAGAGGAACAACAACCCGCUCAACAUCGACUGGGAUCCGGCGCCGGCGCCUGAGGACGGACCCCCACUCUCUGCCGGAGCUCUGAGAAACCCCAAGUAUCUACCUGCUGAGAUAGGUGGAAUUGUUGCCGCCUACGGCGCUUCUCUGGUACUGGUUGCCAUCACCCUCCUUUCGCUAGCAAAGAAGCGUCGUGAGCACCUUCGAGGUGGCGACGACGAGUUCGCCCUCUCCAGCCCGCCUGGCAUCAUCCGCAUAGAACGCCGGUUCAGCAAGUUCCCUAUUGCGACCCCUAGGACCGCGACAGUCCCCAAUUUCUCUUAUCCGUCGCCCAUCAACACCGAGUUCGAUCCGCCCGACUCUUACAUAUACCCGUCGCCAACUUCAUCCAUCACCGCUCCCGGAGUCGAUCCAUCUGUGGACCAAAGCAUAGUCCAGGCCGAUAGAGAAAUGGCGCAGCAGCAGCUCGAGGAAAUGUACAAGCAUGUCAUGGAGCACGAGGAUGCAAAGGAGAGAGGUGUCGUGCUCGACACACCGGUCAUGACGCCUCAGGGCCAGCACCGCGUCUCGUCGCCCUCGUCAUCCAAGAAGGAACGGUCUAAGCCGGCUAGCCUGAAGCUUUCUGGAGGCUAUGAAAAGCCGCAGUCCAAGACAGCUUCUCUUCUGUCGGCUCUUCGCUCCCCGAGAAAGAAGGCUGUAAAAGGCGUCACCAUUUCAUCUCCCAUCAUGACACCGCAGUCGUCGACCUUCCCUAGGCAGGAACCUCAGGAGAUGAAUCCAAUGUCCCCGCGACACUACGCCCCGCCUCCACCACCGCCGAUUCCCACGGACCAGAUAUCUUUUGGUGCUUCUCGCGUCAGCCGGAAUGGCGCACCCAUGACACCUGACAUCUCGCCUGAGAGCGUCCAAAGCAUCGACGAGCGGAUUAAUUCUCAGCUUGGACCAUCUACCAGUGCUAGGGGCGGCUAUCUAGCGCCAACGGAGGGAGACCCGGAGUCGGCUACGUCGGAACAUUCUCAGGUCCCUCUCGUCGGACGUUCUCAGGCGCCUCUCGCCGGAGCGCCUGCCUCUCCCACCCAUGGCCCUCGGUCUCCCACCUGGCCUGCUUCUCCAGGUCGCGGCCCUCGGUCUCCCACGUUGCCUGCCUCACCUAAGCCUGGCGCCACCUUCCAGCGAGGCAAUGCACCAUCGGCGGUCAGGACUGGAGGCUCUCUGCCGUUGCGAGCCUAUGAGCCAUCUCUGGCGUCUCCGUCAACCAUUGCCCGCACCACUAAGCAGACAGUGUUUGAGAGGAGGGGGCCUCUCUCGCCAACUACGGGCAGGACGCCGCGAACCGCAGGAGCUGUGCCGUACUCGCCAUACCAGCCAUUUACACCCGUCGUGCCGGUGACGCCCUCUCUUGUGACCAAGGAGGACCGAAGGCGGAUGAAGAGGAUGGUGCCAAAGACUCCCACGCUGGACAUGGUGCAGAGCGAGGAGGAAAUGUGGUAAACAAGAUUCCUAGGAAGAAGGGAAUAUCAAGCCAAGAUGAAUGCCCUUGGGGGGGUGGGGUUGCCUUUUAGAUAUCAUCGACACCGGUACCAGUGAUUAGCAAUUGCCCUGUCAGAAUGGCGUUUUUUCUCUUGAGGUGCUUGCAACCGUUGCGCCAUCGCAUUCCUCUUUGUUGCCCGUGCUAUAGAGCGCCUUAUAUGAAGUAGCAGAUACCGAUACGGACUCAUGUCCACACCCUUGUA